AUGACUACAGAACGCAGCAAGCAUAUUUCGGCCAUAGAAAUAGAAAAGUCCUUCUCCAGGGACCGCCUCUCUGUGACGGUCUCAGAGCACGGAGACCCAGUUCUCACUCAGUUGACCUCAGCCCUGAAAGCCCCAUCAACUGGAGUUCACACUGCAGCCCAACGGAUGUGCCCUGGCCUCCCCUUUGAUCUAGAUGUGGGCAGAAUCAACCAGACAAAAACCACAGAAUUCCUCCUCCUGGGACUGUCUGGGAAUCAAGAGCAGGAAGAGGUGCUCUGCGGGCUGUUCCUCUGCACGUACCUGGUCACCAUCACCGGCAACCUGCUCAUCAUCUUGGCCAUCACCUCUGACCCUCACCUCCACACGCCCAUGUACUUCUUCUUGGCCAACCUGUCUGGGGUUGACAUCUGCUUCCCAUCGUCAGUCCCCAAGAUGCUGGUGAGUCAUGCAGUGGGCAGCGAGUCUAUCUCUUACACACAGUGCAUGGCCCAGAUCUACUUCUUCAUCACUUUCAUCAACAUGGACGGGUUCCUGCUGAGUGUGAUGGCCUAUGACAGAUAUGUGGCCAUCUGUCGUCCACUCCACUACACCCUGAUCAUGAGGCCCAGACUCUGUGUCCUCCUGGUGGCUGUCUGCUGGGUCAUUACAAGCCUGCAUGCUCUCCUCCACACUCUGCUCAUGGUUUGACUCAACUUUUGCUCCAACAACACUGUGCACCACUUCUUCUGUGACCCCUACCCACUCCUGAAGCUCUCUUGUUCUGACACCCGCAUCAAUGACAUGGUGGUCUUCACUGUGGGUGGGUUGGUGUUUCUGACACCAUUUACAUGCAUUGUCAUUUCAUAUGUCUACAUCUUCUCUAAUGUGCUGAAGUUGCCCUCGGCCCAGGGAAUAAGGAAAGCCCUGUCCACGUGUGGGUCCUGCCUCACUGUGGACUCUGUCUUCUAUGGGGCAAUCUUGGGCGUCUACAUGAGACCUUCAUCCUCCUACUCAAUUCAAGACACAGUGGCCACUGUCAUCUUCACAGUGGGGACACCUCUAGUCAAUCCUUUCAUUUACAGUCUGAAGAAUCAUGGCAUGAAACAAGCUAUAUGGAAACUAAUAAUUAGGAGAUUAGUUUUGUCAAGAUUCUAG